AUCUGUCUGCUGAGAGUUGCCGGUGUCGGCGCGUCCGUCAGGCGCUGCCCCGCGCGGUGGCUCCCAUCCCGCCCGCCGGCUCUAGGCGCCGGGCCUCGCGGGCCCCUGGGCGGUCGGGAUAAUGAGCCGUAUCUACCACGACAGCGCCCUCCGGAACAAGGCGGUGCAGAGCGUGCGGCUGCCCGGGUCCUGGGACCCCGCCGCCCACCAGGGGGGAAAUGGCAUCCUGCUGGAGGGAGAACUGGUCGAUGUGUCUCGGCACAGCAUCCUGGACGCCCAUGGCAGGAAGGAACGCUACUACGUGCUGUAUAUCCAACCCAGUCGUAUCCAUUGCCGCAAAUUCGACCCCAAGGGAAAUGAAGUUGAGCCCAACUUCAGCACCACCAGGAAAGUGAACACGGGCUUCCUCAUGUCAUCCUACAUUCCAGAGACUGAGGAGGCCAAGAUCAAGGUGCUGGCAGAUUCAGAGUCUGAGCUGGAAGCCAAGGGGGACAGCGACACGCUCACGCCCGAGGCGCUGAAGGGGCUAGUGAAUAAGCCAGAGCUGUUGGCGUUGACAGACAGCCUCACCCCCAAGCACACGGUGGCAUUCUGGAUGCCUGAGGCGGAAAUGGAAGCAAUGGAGCUCAAGCUGGGGACUGGUGUACGGCUGAAAACUCGGGGUGAUGGCCCCUUCCUAGAUUCAAUAGCCAAACUUGAGGCUGGAACAGUGACCAAGUGUAAUUUUGCUGGUGAUGGAAAGACAGGGGCAUCCUGGACAGACAACAUCAUGGCCCAAAAAUCUUCAGAGGGAGCCACAGUGGAGCUCCGAGAGCAGGGGGAUGGGGCAGCUGAUGAGGAGUGGGAUGACUGAGGUUAGAGGGAUGAGGAUGCCUCCAGGCCUGCCAGCACCUUCCGUGCACAGUUGGGAAUUUCUUCCACUGACUUCCACUCUGGAGCUGGAGAGAGCAGUCCACCAAGCCUUACCUGCUUCUUCCCUACAGCUGCUAUGAAUACUCUUUGCACAAGAUCUGCUAAAACCAGAUCAAAGACCACAACGGUGGCGGUAGGGCUCCAUGCUGUGGCUCAUGGAGACCACUCCCUGGAUGCAAAUCUAGUCCUCCUAGACAUUUUCAUGACACCCUGUGCCCUGGAUGGCAGCCUGUUUCUUGUCCCAGAGACAGGUGGUGGGCAAGUCCCUCAGGGCACUUGGUCUUGGUGCAGAAUUGGGAACUAUCCAUUGUCUAAAUGCAGAGUGGCUCAGAGGAGAAGUUAGCAGGGCUCCUUCCUCUGUUCCGUUUCCCGCUUUCCUCCCACACCCACCACCCUCCCCAGCACACUGACUUUUAGCCUCUGCUCUCCUACUUCAAGCCUCCUUGGUCCCUGUAUCUCCCCUCCCCAGUUGCCAGUUCUUUAUUCCUCCUCCGGCCCCGUGCUGUGUGGGGGUUUCCUGUCUUCCACCCUCCCUGGCUGCUUUCCUGGUGGAUGCUGACCCCAGGGAGGCCAACCGUGUUGACAGGUGUGGCUGGCUGCUCCACAUCUCUCAGACGCACUCUGCCAGGCCACAUUAUUGAAAACACCUUUUUCGUUGUUGUUUUGUACCUUGAGAACUUUUUAU